CUAAAACCCUCGAAACACUUCACCGCCAAAAUCUCAAUCUCUCGUCAGUCGGCAAAUCCCGACGGUUUCUUUGGUACUCAGUGAUAACCCAAUGAGACCUCAUUUCAAUUCGUUUCCCCAUCAACCCCAGCAGAAUGGAUUUCAAUCAAGUUCCGCGGCUGGAAAUCAGUGCACUAACGACAUGAACAUGCUUAUGAUGCAACCGCAAAUGGGUAUUUUUAAUAAUAGUAGUAAUCCCAGUGUUACGCCAUUGUUGAAUAAUGUUGGAUUCAUGAAUGGAGCUAACCAGCAGUUUCAGACGCCAAGUAACAAUAUGGGGUUUCCUCAUUUUGGUCCAAUUUUGCAAAAUCCGAACAAUCUUUCGAUGUUACAACAGGUUCCUGCUCAAUUCAAUAACUACCCUUUGCACAAUCCGAAUCAGCCGAAUUGGUUGAAUUUCCCCCAACAAAGUAAUAUUGGAUUGACAAAUGGGCAGCAGCCGCAACAACAGCAGCUUUUUUUACGGAAUCAGUUGCAGAAUCUGAGCCAACUUUUAAAUGUUCAACUCCCUGAUCUCUCACAGCUUGUUUCUGGUGGCCAAGCAAUGGGAUGUCUCAAUCCUACUGUUAUUCAGAAUCCGCAUUUCGGGUUUAUACAGCCAAACCUGAUGCAGCAGCAAGCCGGUCAGGGUCAGCAAAAUUUAGCCGAUGUUAAUGCAUCCAAUUUGUUGUCUGCAGCAGCUUCACAAAGUGGUGUCGGUAAAAAUGGUCAGAACAUGAACAAUUUUCCUGGAAGAAAUGCUAAAAGGGAUUCAAAAUUGGGAUUCAAGAAUUCUAAGUUCCAGCAGCCUGGGUUCCAUCAAGCGGAUAAUGCAAAGAGAGCAUUUGCAUCUUCUAACGGACAUAAGAAAAAAGGAUUGGAUAAUGAGAGGGCAGCUCACUUUCCUCAUUCUAAUUCUGCAAAUCCAGCUAAAGAAAAGAAAAGAUCGCUUGCUUUGACUUAUACGGAGCAAGAAAUAAGACAGUGGCGUGAAGAACGUAAGAAGUUCUAUCCGACAAAAGCUAACUUAAAGAAGAAACUGAGUAAAAAUGUAGCAGACACCGAGGUUGCCAAAUUACGAAGUGAGCAACUCAAGGAGAUUUUGGAAAAGCAAGCUGAGCUAGGAGUCGAAGUUGCAGAAAUUCCGUCACAUUAUCUGUUAGGUUCGGAGAAAAAGGUGGAUGGAAGGGAAGAAAACCACAGGCUGUCAACCAAGAGGGGAAGAUUUGGAUCGAGAAAUGAUAAAAGAGGGAAACUGGAUAAAAGGGACCGUUUUCCCAAGAAACAUAGAUCAACAACGGUGGAGUCAUUCGAUGGCACUUCUUUCAACAAGAGGAGUCCGACCCUUCUGCAGAAGCUUCUAAGUGCUGAUAUAAGGAAAGAUAAAAGCCGGUUGUUGCAGGUUUUCCGAUUCAUGGCUAUGAAUUCUUUCUUUAAGGAUUGGCCUGAAAAGCCUUUGAAAUUUCCCGUUGUGAUUGUUAAAGAUGGUGUGUCGGAGGGAGAGAUCAUUGAAGAGAAACCCUUGCUUGGUGGGGAAGAUAAUAUUGAAAUCUGCAACAACGGAGUGACCUGAAGUAUUAUUAAAGCUGAUGAUAAUAGCAAGAACAGCAACGAUGAAGAUGAUGACGAAAAACUUGACACAAAAGUUGACCAAGCGGCUUUGUAUGUUCUGGAGAAACGAGCA